ACGUCAUGACGCAGGAGCGAGGAGGCGAUGAGAGGAAGCUGCAAUAAACACACAGGGCGUCUGCGCCUAUCUAAGUAGGACAAUAAAGUGAAAACGGCAUCAAUGCUCUAACAAUGGCUUUGUCAGAUCUGCUCCUCAAAGCGUUGCUCUGCGCGUAUCUACUAAACUACACUCAAGGACACUACAGAAAUCCCCUGAACAAGUACAUCUAUCACUACGAAGGCCUCUCCUAUGACACAGAGCUUGUGCACAGCAAACAUCAGCGAGCCAAGAGAGCGCUCUCGCAUGAAGACAAGUUUCUCCAUUUAGAGUUUCAUGCUCAUGGAAGGCAUUUUAAUUUACGGAUGAAGAGGGAUACUUCCUUGUUUGCCCCAGACCUGAAGGUAGAUGUUUCAGGAGAUGAGAUUCCAUAUGAUACCUCUCAUAUCUACACUGGAGAAAUCUAUGGGGAGAAAGGUACUUUGACUCACGGCUCCAUUGUAGAUGGCAAGUUUGAGGGCUUUAUUCAGAGUUACCAUGGAACCUACUACGUGGAGCCCAUUGAUAGAUACCUCAAGGGCAAAGAUGUGCCCUUCCACUCUGUCAUUUACCACGAAGAUGAUAUACACUACCCGCACAAGUACGGCCCAGAGGGAGGCUGUGCCGAUAGCUCGGUGUUUGAAAAAAUGAAGAAGUACCAAGCAUCUGCCAUGGAGGAGCAACCCAAGGAGCUUCCCACGGAGUCAGACUCCAAUGGCCCUCUGCUGCUGAGGAAGAAGAGGAUGGCCCAGGCUGAGAAAAACACCUGCCAGCUUUUUAUUCAGACUGACCACCUCUUCUACAAGUACUACAAGUCCAGAGAGGCUGUGAUUGCUCAGAUUUCCAGUCAUGUGAAGGCCAUUGAUGCUAUAUAUCAGGGUACAGACUUCAUGGGUAUUCGCAACAUUAGCUUCAUGGUGAAAAGGAUCAGAAUAAACACUACCACAGACGAGAGGGACCGGUCCAACCCAUUCCGCUUUGCCAAUAUUGGUGUGGAGAAGUUCCUAGAGCUGAACUCGGAGCAGAACCAUGACGACUACUGCUUGGCUUACGUGUUCACUGACAGAGACUUUGAUGAUGGAGUGUUGGGUCUGGCCUGGGUGGGAGCCCCCUCAGGGAGCUCCGGAGGCAUCUGUGAAAAAAGCAAGCUGUACUCAGACGGAAAAAAGAAGUCUCUCAACACGGGUAUAAUCACCGUACAGAACUAUGCCUCCCACGUUCCUCCAAAAGUAUCCCAUAUCACUUUUGCACAUGAAGUAGGACACAACUUUGGCUCCCCGCACGACUCUGGGUCCGAGUGCACCCCAGGAGAAUCCAAGAGCCAGGACAAGAAGGAAAAGGGCAAUUACAUAAUGUAUGCGAGAGCUACAUCUGGAGACAAGCUCAACAACAAUAAGUUCUCCAUCUGUAGCAUUCGCAACAUCAGCCAAGUGCUGGACAAAAAGAGGAGCAGCUGUUUUGUUGAGUCUGGUCAGCCCAUCUGUGGCAACGGCCUGGUCGAGAUAGGAGAGGAGUGUGACUGUGGCUACAGUGAUCAGUGCAGGGACGUGUGCUGCUAUGAUGCUAAUCAGCCUGACAAUAAGAAGUGUAAACUAAAGCCUAAUAAAGUGUGCAGUCCCAGCCAGGGUCCUUGUUGUACUAUUGAGUGCACUCAUAAGGGUCAGAAUGAGAAGUGCAGGGAGGAGUCCGAGUGUGCUCACCAGGGCAUGUGUAAUGGAGUCAGUGCCCAGUGUCCCACCUCCGAGCCCAAGGCCAACUUCACCGCCUGCCAUGGAGAGACCCAAGUUUGCCUCAACGGGGGCUGCUCCGGAUCCAUCUGUGAAAAGUAUGGGCUUGAAUCAUGCACCUGUGCCAGCCAAGAAGGCAAAGACGAGACCGAGCUGUGCCACGUGUGCUGCAUGGAGAAGAUGAAUCCCAACACGUGCAGCAGCACGGGAUCCGAGCGCCUGGCUCGCUUCUUUAACAAGAGAGUGACCACCCUGCCGGCCGGCUCACCUUGCAACGACUUCAAGGGCUACUGCGACGUGUUCAUGAAGUGUCGUCUGGUGGAUGCUGACGGGCCGCUUGCCAGGCUAAAGAAGGCCAUCUUCAACCCGGAGCUCUACGAGAACAUUGCAGAGUGGAUUGUGGCUCAUUGGUGGGCAGUGCUGUUGAUGGGCAUUGCUCUCAUCAUGCUCAUGGCUGGCUUCAUCAAAAUCUGUAGUGUGCAUACGCCGAGCAGUAACCCCAAACUUCCCCCUCCCAAACCCCUUCCAGGCACUUUGAAGAGGCGACGAGCGCAGCAGCACGCCAGCUCCCAGGUGCAACAGUCCCAGCACCCGCACGGUCACGGUGGACACGGUGGCCAGCGACAACCCCAGAGGCAGCAACAGCGGCAGGCGCAGCCCCAGAGGCACCACCGUCAGCCCAGAGAGAACUAUCAGAUGGGCCAGAUGAGACGCUGAGACCCUGUACUCCACCCCUCCCUCCCCCAAUGCCUUGGCUCCUCCUUGUGCCUACAGUGGGAAACAAAAGCGUCACUCCAUCCAAAGAAAAGCCUGACAUGGUUGUUAGUCAUCAUCAUAUCCUCCAUCUGCAGACGAAACAGACACUUGAAAAAGAGAAAACACAAUCUAGCGACUUGAUUGGCUCUUUGUGGCGUGGACUCGACCAUCAGCCAUUUCCAGUGCAGUGCGAUCUUGCGUCUUUUUCCACCCCUUUUCUUUUCUUUAUAUUUUUUUUUGAAGGAGUGCCAAGGAGUUAAGGAACCAUGCGUAGCUUUAGUACAUUCUGUGAUGUGGGUUCUUCUUUUUCCUUUUCCUUAGUUUUUCUUCUAUUGCAACGUCUUCUUGAGUGACCUGCCCGUGGCUACUGGUGAACUGUUCCGUGCUUCUCUUUCGCCAUUCUAGCCAGGAAUAAGAGACGCUCAGUUGGGAUUGCGGCACUUUUGUGAUUUACACAUGUCAAAUGGCAAAAGACACAGGCUUCGGUCUCUCGUGCAGACAAGUCUUCUGCAUGUGACUGUACAUACUUAGUGUAUCAUAAAUGAAAACAAACUCUUUCUUCUACUGUAAAUGUGUAAUUCUCCACUUUUUUUCUUUGGAUUUUUUGGUUAGUGCUCUCAGGACUCUUUAACGCAUAAAUGAAGAAUUAACGGUUUCGAUGAGUUCCUUGGACGCUGUUGUUGAGGAUUCGAGGCCAUCGAGUUCUCGUUGCAGUUGUCCAGUCAGGUGGAUCUCUUUCACUUUUGUUAGAUUCCUUGGUUUCAACUUUGAAGAUCAUCAUAUCGAGCAUUUUACGCCUUCAUUGUUCAAGGUUUUUUUUUUUUUAAUUGUCUAACAUGUUUUGUUCAUGGUGUGUAACAAGCUAGAUGAAGUUUAGAGUGUUGGGUACUGAAAGCGAAGACCGCCUACGUAGUUUACACUUCAUAUUGUUAAUUUUGUUGUUUCGUUUAUGAUAAUGAACAUGAAUAACCACUAACUGAAGCUAAAGAUAAUUCUACCUGGUCAGAUAUGAAGACAUGGGAACAAGUGCAGGAUGCUGUGGCUUAGUUUAGAAGUGAGAGUGUGUCAUGUUACUUGAUAUUGGUGUGGAAAGUAAUUUUUAAAAAAGCAUCUCUGGAGAAGAUGUACAAAAAGAUACAAGCAGGAGUCGUUCUAUUAUUCUUCAAGAUAGCAAAUCUAAGAACUGUUCAGUGUGGGCAUGCAGACACCUUUAAUAAUAUGACAGUUCAUUCAUUUGUAUGUCACUUAACACUAUUUACUUUGCUAGUCUCAGCUGGAAGAACCAGUGUAGCAGCAGUAUUGUCACACUAUUCACUAACAUUUCUCAGUGUGUUCACAAAUUUCACAGCAAAGACGCUGUUUGAGUUUUUCCCGUUAUUAUUUUUAUUAUUAUUUUUUUUAAUUCACCUGCAGAUCUCAUCGUGGACUGAAUCCCCUUAAGAGCUCAUUAGUGCAGGCCACAGUGUGAGUUUACAUCAGUGUGCCAUACACUUCAUGAGGCUGAUCUUUGUGCACAGGUUUUGUAAAACACAGGAAGCACCUGGAAGUCUUCUGGAGCUAUUUAAAGUCGAGGGAAGGAAGGAGAUGUGACAGGGUUUGUUUGUUUCCGUUGGGUUGUUUGUCUUGUGUUUCUCCCUUGUCUGCUUGGAGAAUGGUUAACACUAACUGAAAGGAUUUGAUGAUGUAGGCAUGAUAUGCAAAAUCCCUUGAAGUAUUUAACGUGCAGAUAUUUCACCCAUUGAAGUGAUUUGGUAUGUGGGUGCAAACUUUGGCACAGACUGAACAAAGCUCAGGAUUUUGCAUUUAUGUUCGGCACAAUACAUUUUUUUGACUUUUCUUUAUCCUAGCAUUAUUGUUGUUUGAAUGCAUGCAAUACUAAUCGCAAGUGAUAUCUUACAGCACUGUCCUAAAGGUCCUAAUAAUCACACAUGUGCUCUUGAGGGGACAUAUAUUGUCUCAGCAGUUUCUUUCUCAUGGCAGAUGAAUUUGGGAGGUCAACGGUUUCUGAAACUUACGUCUGUACAAAACGGAGCUCCUUUUUAAAUUCCACCCUCCAGGCUCGAUCUCGCGCCCGUUACGCCUGGAGAACUUACAUGUAAACUUGUACAGUACUUCGAAAAUUAGCAUUUCAUUUAAAAAUGAAAAUGACAUUUUGAUACAUCAGUUAACAUUCUUUUGUAUUCUAAUCCGAGAGUAAGUUGUUCAAAGAUGUUCAUACGUGACAAAGUUUCCUCUCUGCUAAGUUAUUUAUGUUCUUAUAUGUGCUAGUUGGACUGGGGUUUGCUUUGCUCGGUACCUUCCUCCACCAUCAAUGGUAAAAACAAAUCAGUGUGAUGACGUUAAUGUUCCAUUCUCAUUUUUUGUCUUCGUUAUCCUGUGGCAUGGUUUGGGUAGACGAGCAGAAGAAUAAUGCCUGUAAAUUUACUUUCUUUUUAAUUUCGUAGUCUUGGUAAAGUUUUUAGAUAAACGUGCACUGAAAAUGUCCAAAUUGAGUUGAAAUGUCGUAGGUGAUGUAGGCUGAAAGAACACAAGAUUAAAAAGUAAUACUACUGUCUGAUUUUAAUGUUCACUGUGUUUUAUACAGUAUCGGAAAUUUUUGUUCACUUUGAACAUUUUUACUAAAAAAAUUUCAAAUUGUAUUGUGCAGAGAUGUAAUUUUUGGAGUACUUGAAAUGCAUUAAUUAAAAGACUUGUUCAAAAUAAAAUAGACCCCUGUUUACUGUC